GAGGGGAGGGGAGGGGGCUCCCUCUCCGGCGAGGAGCCUCUGCUGCUGCCUCUGCUGCUGCCCGGCUGGCGCUCUCCUUUCGGCCCUGGCCCACAAUAUGCCUCCGGAGCCUUCUCCUGCUGCUGCCUCGUCGCCAUGCCGCCGGGGACCUGCGGGCGCUUCUCUUCCUCGGCCUGGCGCUGCCUCCUGCUCGGGCUGUGGCUGCUCCUCCAAAGCCGCCCGGGAUCCGCAGCCUCCACCUCCAGCAGCGCCUCCGUCGACCUGAGCCUGGGUCGGCGCCCUCGGCAGCAGCAGCAGCAGCAGCAGCAGAACCCCCGGGCGGCUGUCCUGGCCUCGACUGACCCUUCCUCCCCUCUGGCUGCUCCAGGAUCUACAUUUACACUGAAGGUGCAAGUCAAUGACAUAAUCAGUCAUCAGUAUCUACGGCAAGCAGUUGUGGAAAUUUUUGUCAACUACACCAAAACGAAUUCAACAUUCACUGGAAAUAAUGGAGCAGUAUUGAUACGAGUUCCUUAUCAGCUAGGCCUGAGCUUAACAAUUGUGUCUUAUAAAGAUGGUUAUAUGCUAACGCCUCUGCCUUGGAAGACUGGGAGAAUACCAAUAUAUUCAUCAGUCACACUUUCACUGUUUCCCCAAAGCCAGGCAAAUAUAUGGCUGUUUGAUGAUACAAUUUUAAUUACUGGGAAACUUUCUGAUGCCAAAUCUCAACCAAGUGUUCAGUUUCCAAAAUAUCUGAUUAAGCUUCCCAUCACCCACCAUAUCACAAAUAUAACAGCCUACUUGACAGUGCCACACCAAUUUUUAAAAGUGGACCAUUUUCUCUAUACAAUAGGAAUCCUUUCAAAUAAGUCAGGUUUCAAGAGUGUUGAAUUGACUCCACUUGCUGCAAUAUGUGUAAACUUAUUUUCUGCUGGGAAAGAACUGAAUGUGGAUGGACCCAUUCAUAUCAUGUUGCCUCUUCUGCCUACAAGUGCUGCAAAAGUGGGGGAUCGUAUCCCAGCAUGGACCUUUGACAUGAAAACUGGUGCUUGGAUAAACCGUGGCUUAGGCAUGGUAAGGGAUGCCGGUGAUCAUCUUGUAUGGACAUACACAGCUCUGAGCCUGGGCUACUGGAUAGCAGCUCCUUUGCCUGGAGCCAGAGGCUCCAUUAUGAACACAGUUGCCCAGGAUAUAACUGCAUACCACACAGUUUUCCUCACAGCCAUAUUAGGAGGCACCGUUGUCAUAAUCAUUGGGUUCUUUACUGUUCUCCUUUGCUACUGCAGGGAUAAAUGUCAUUGGUCAAAAAAGAGAAGGAAAAACACCACUAAACUGGAUAUCUUAAGAAAGGAUCAGACAACAUCAACAAGUCACAUGAACCACCUUGGGAUUGCAAAGGUGUCACUGAAACCGGAGGCCAAAGCUCAGUUCUAUUCUUCGAGAAUAGCCUCUUACAGCCCCCAGAGAGGGACGUCAGCGGAAGGGGAAGAGAGGAGAGGCCAUGAUAAUUGUAAAAUCUACACCGAAGAUUCUUCGUUCCAGUCCUCCGACAAGAAUACACUUCACAGGAGCACACCCCACUCCUUGGAACCCAACAUGGCAGUGAGGCAUUCACAGCCAGCCAGCCACACAAAUGGAGGCAUGUCACCCUCUGGAGACAUGCAAGAACCAAACCUAUAUCUCCCAACCAAUGGGGAAAUGUAUGGGAUUUCGGUCCUCCCAGAACAGUUAGUGCAUAUUUACAGUCAGCCCAUUGCCAUUCUUCAAACGGCUGACCUUUUCCACACCCCAGAGCAGUUGCAUGCCACCAAGUCAGCUACUUUGCCAAGAAAAGGACAAUUAGUCUAUAGUCCAAUGAUGGAGCCCCUGAGUCGGGAAGGCUACACUCAGACAUUACCCAAAAUGCCAGUGCAUUCUCACCUACAGGUGCCAACUUCCAGCGAUGAGACAGCUGCAUUAGAUAGGCAACAGAGCCUGUCUCCUCAGGCUGCAAAUUGGGGACGUUACACAAAUAGUUUGCUGGAGUCUGUUUCUGUCCCAGGUACACUAAAUGAAGCUGUCGUAAUGACUCCAUUUUCAUCAGAGCUUCAAGGAAUAUCUGAGCAAACCUUACUGGAACUAUCGAAGGGGAAACCAUCUUCGCACCCGAGAGCAUGGUUUGUGUCCCUGGAUGGCAAACCAAUAGCUCAAGUGAGGCACUCAUUCAUUGAUCUCAAGAAGGGCAGGAAGACGGAGAGCAAUGACACUAGCUUGGACUCUGGAGUGGAUAUGAAUGAACAUAAUCUCAGUCGGAAACUGGAGCGAGAGAAAACAUUCAUUAAAAGCGUACAGCAUUCCAAGGUCCUCUACCUGGAAGACUUGGAUCUGAGUAGUAGUGAAAGUGGGACCACAGUUUGCACGCCGGAGGAUCAGACAUUGAAGCAUAUGCCGGAUGGAGGGAGUGAUCCUGCUAUAGGCCAGCAAGCAGAAGAGAUCCCUGAGAAGAAGGACACCGUGGCAGAAGAGCGGGAGGCCAGCCCUCCUCCAGCCAAAAAGCGGGGAAGGAUACCCGUGCCUAAGAGAGAGAGCAAAACCAAUGUCUGGAAAAAGAGGGAGGAGAAGCCCCUGGUUCCAAUAAACUAAUGACACCUCCGUUCUUUUGACAUGUAUGGUAUGCUGUGAAAUUUCCUCCACCCUCCACUUUCUGUUUAUAAACUUGCAGCGUUCACUUUAAGAGGAGCAACCAGGAUGGGAGAAAAUACAAUUUCUUACAAAGAGCAGAACCAAUUUCACCUUCAUAAAAACAUGGUAGGGAGUUUCUAGGAAACCAGCUCUUCUUACUGUAAGCAGUAAUUUUGAGCAGGACAGUUUUAAAAGAAAGCAAGAUGAUUUUCUGGCAUAAGGUCUCUGGGCAUCUUGUGUCUCCUGAAGAGUACAUCCUCCCUUGCCUGCUCUGGAAUUGGACAUCUGGGAAAGAGGAAGCACUACUGAAGCUAGAUUGCAUUAUCAAAGGGAAGAGCACAUGGAAUAGCAAUUUGUCUGAUAUUUGUUAUAUAUUUUUGGAUGACGAUGUCAUGAUGUGUAGCAAGAUGGAAGCUGCCAUUUUUCAGUCGAAAGGAACACUCUUCUUUGACACCUUGUAUACUACUGUAUCAGUUUCUGUGUAUCGUUCAAGAGUAGGGGGGAAAUCAGGGACUUGUUAUGCAGAUGAUGUUAUUAAAUGUGCAGGUGUCUGCUUAUCAUGUGCUAUUCCAGUGUGUAUUGAGCCAAAUUGCACUCCAGUUUUCGGAGAAAUCGAUUUGCACUGAUGCAAUUGGGGCAUAUCUGGCCCUCCAUGUCCAAGAUACAUAUUAUUGUAAAUGUGGCCCAAAGGAUGAUGUUUUAGAAAAGAUUUCCUCUGGAAACAAUGCCCUGUACUACUUCAUAGCCUUAAAAAGAAAAAGAAUUAUACUGAAGCAAUUUGAAUAUGUGCCUCUUUUUUUUUUUUGCUCGCUUUGGCACUCGUCUUAAGUCCAUUGUUGCUUAUGAAAUGUUCCAUUGGAAAACUGUUGGACAUAACUGUGAUCUGAGUAAAUGUAGCCAUAUCCAAAACUUACUUUUUGCAUGGCCGAAUUGGCCUCAUGAGGCUAAUUUUAUAUUGUGUUAUUUUCCUAAUCUUGUGUCAAGCCCAUUGAAAGGGCAAAGUGAAGGUGAAGAAUGGCCAUAGCUCAGGAGUGAAGCUCAUGAACUGCAUGCAGAAGGCCCCAUUUUGAGACCUUGUUAACUUCUGGAAUGGCUUGGGAAGAUUAUGUCAAGCCAUAGUAGACAGUGGUAAGGGACACUGAAGUUUUUGGUCUGACUAUAUGUAGGGAGUCGGGUUUGGGACAAUGGAUGGAUUAAUGGUCUGGCUGACUGAAGUCAUCUCCCUAUGACUGGGUGUUCCUUAUGGCAUCGAAUAUGUCCUACAGAGAACUUGUUUUGAGUUUGUCUGGCAUGUUCUGUCUUUGACACUACAGUCCUGAACACAUUUCACUGGAAGCAGAUUUCAGUGGAAGCUGCUUCUUCAUCAUGGUCCAAACAGAUUAACUAGAGCGAACACAAAUCCUUCCUGCCUUUCGAGCCUGGUGUCGUGCCCUCUGCCCCACAACUUUGCAGUGUAGACUACAACGGUGUUAAUCUGAAUUGUGUAAUUCUCAACUUCCCAUAUUUCAGAUGGGAUCUAUUUUUGAAACAUAGCUUAGAACAGCGGUCCUCAAACUUUUCAGACAGAGAGCCAGGUCACAGUCCCUCAAACUGUUGGAGGGCCAGAUUAUAAUUUGGGGAAAAACAAAACAAAACA